AUGACCACUCAUAGUUCACCGACCAUCUUUGAAUGUAAGUUAUAUGUUAUAGUUUAUAUUUUGUAAAGAAAGUUUUUGCAAGUUUUUGGGUUGUAAAGAAAGUUUUUGCAAGUUUUUGGGUUGUAAAGAAAGUUUUUGCAGUUUUUUGUUUUGUAAAGAAAGUUUCUGCCACUUCAUCCCCAUCACAAUUUUAAAAUUCAUAUUUCAGGCUACAGUCCAGCCAGUGUCCGAAGUGGUCUCCUAAACCAUAAAAUAUGCACCACUCGAACCUACACCCAAAAUACCCCGCCCAUCCAAUCACCUCUCUGUACCCAUUCCUACAACAACAGUAAUGCACACAAGCUAGCGGAACGAUGUGUUGUCGUAGCCAAGAAUCCAGAUGGUUAUGGUCUUACUGUAACUGGAGAGCACCCAGUCUAUGUGGAUACUGUAAAGUCGGAUGGAGCAGCGGCUAGGGCGGGAGUUAGGACGGGUGAUCAAAUUGUGAAGAUCAAUGGAAUGCCGGUUUCUAGUUCCAAUCAUUAUGAAGUGUUGAGAAUGAUUUCUGGUAAGUGAAGUUUUGGUAUUAAGUUAAAAAAAUUUUGAAAAGGUCUAAAUUUUAGGUAAUAAUUUGGCUAAAACUGAUGUUCUGAACUUUUUAUUUAUUGAUAUAACCCAAAAAAUGACAUUAUAGCUUUAAAAUCAAAGUUUUGCGGCUUAAAAACAAAAAACGAAAAAUGGAAGUUCAGUGGAAGAUUUCCAGUGCAAAUCACACUGAAAAUCUUCCACUUCACUUUCAUUUUUUAAAAAUGUCAAGAUUGUGUUUUUAAGCAUUUUUAAGGCAUUUUGAAAAGUGAAAGUGGAGUGAAAGAUUUUCAGUGCGAAAAUACAUUACAAAUCUUCCAUUUAAUUUUCAGUUUAGAAAGUGAUUAAAUUAAGGUUUAGUAAAGGAAGGUUUUGCCAUUUUUUGGUUUGUAAAGAAAGUUCUUGGUAUUUUGUGGUUUGUAAAGAAAGUUCUUGUCAUUUUUUGGUUUGUAAAGAAAGUUCUUGCCAUUUUGUGGUUUGUAAAGAAAGUUCUUGCCAUUUUUUGGUUUGUAAAGAAAGUUCUUGCCAUUUUUUGCUUUGUAAAGAAAGUUCUUGCCAUUUAUUGGUUUGUAAAGAAAGUUCUUGCCAAUUUUUGUUUUGUAAAGAAAGUUCUUGCCAUUAUAAGCUUUUUUUUCUUGAAGUAUUGUCGUAUUUUUAACUAAAAAUUUUCUUAAAUUUUGUGACAAAACUUUUUUUUAUCGCAAUGACAAAACUUUUUUUUUAUCGCUUAUAACUCCCAUUAUUGUAUAUUGACUAUAUAUUAAAAAGUCUUGACGUUUUUUACAUUGCAAUUACUAGUAAAUCAAUGACAAAACUUUAUUUACAAGCCUAUUCUCAGCAAGUUUUCUAAAAUUUUAAAACAAGCGGUGUGCCAUAGCAAAGUGUGUCACAAAACCAACUUUUUUCAUUGUCAAUAUGUUAUUGUAUGAUGAGAAAUUAAUUUUUUUUUCAGCCGGACCGAAUGUGGCGCUGACGUUGCUGGGUGAAUCUCUUUCCUGUGACUCAUGUCGUCCCAUGUUUUUCGAAUUCUUUGAGGUGGGUUUGGGCCUUUGUUUCAUGACAUUUGACUGUUUGUUUAUCAUUCUCUUCCAUGUUUUGGUUAAACUUUAUUCCAUAUUUUGUGGGAUAUUGGCGUUUUGUUGUAAUGUUUAUUUGUUUGUUUACUUAAUUGCUUUAAAUCAAGUAAAUAUGAUCUUACGUACGGGUUUUGGUGUAAGUUUCAGAGUUAAAUGAAAUUUUUGGGUUUGCUAAGGGUUUUUUGGUUUAGGUAUGACAUUUUUCGACUUUCUAUGACAUUUUCAAUUUUUAAAUGUCAUUUACUUUUUAGAUAUGACAUUUUUGGUUGUAAAUGACAUUUUUGAUUUUUUAAUGAUAUUUUUUGAGUUCUAAUGACAUUUUUUAUUUUAACCUAACUUCCUAAGCCUAACAUUAAAAAAAAGUAAUUUUGAGGUCAAAAAUGUCAUUUUUAGCCAAAAAUGUCAGUGUGAGUUAAAAAUGUCAUUUUAGGAUGAAAAGGUCGUUUUAGGUUAAAAAUAUCCUUUUAGGCACAAAUGGUCAUUUUAAAAUUAAAACUGACGCCUUAUAGUAAAUAUUGUAUCCUCAUGGAUGUAAAAAUGUCAUUUUGAGUUAAAAAUGUCAUUAUGAAGAAAAUGUUCUUUUAGACUUAAAAUGUCAUUUUGAAAAUGCAAAUGACAUUUUAUAUUAAACAUUGUGACAUCUGGUUUAAAAAUGUUAUAUUGUGUCAAAAUGACAUUCUUUUUGCCACAAAAACACUUUUUUUAGUCGAAACGGACAUUUUUAUUUCAAAAUGACAUUUUUAGCCCAAGGUGACAUUUUUUAACCUAAAAAGACAUUUUUAAGUCUAAAAUGUUAUUUUUUAAAAUCUAGUCUGAAAAAAUUUCAAAAGUCUAUUGUUAGCCCUAAUCUUUGAGUUUUAGGAGCCGCACCGCCGGCGCAAAGGCACCAGCGAAGCCUCAACAUCAUCGUCACGGAAUCCGGAAGUAAGUCUUGAGUUCAUGCUUAGUUUGGCUGGAAUGAAGUUUAGCCGUUUUAGUACGGGGUUUUGGUGAAGGGGAUGAUUUUUCGAAAUUUCGGUUUUUUUUUAAUUUUGAAACUUGGGUUUAAGAUAUUUAAUAUAUUGCCCUAGCCGUAGCCGUAGCUGUUGUCCUAACUCUAGGUUUAGUAACCGAACUUUAUCCUAGCCUUACCCUGGCCCUAAACUAACUUUAGUCUAGCCUUACACUGGCCCUAGACUAGCUUUAAUCUUGCCUCAUCCUGGUCCUAGGCUAGCUUUAAUCUAACUUUACCUUUGCCCUAGACUAGCUUUAAUCUAGCCUUACCUCAGCCCUAGACUAACUUUAGUCUAGCCUUACCCUGGUCCUAGACUAGCUUUAAUCUAGCCUCACCCUAGCCCUAGCCAAAGUUUAGUUUAGCCUUACCCUGGCUCUAGACUAACUUUAGUCUAGCUUCAUCGUGGCCGUAGAUUAUCUUCAGUCUAGCCUUACCCUGGUUUUAGACUAACUUUAGUCUAGCCUUACCCUGGCUCUAGACCAGCUUUAACCUAUUGCUCCCAAGCACUAGACUACCCAAAUCUAGCCCUACCAUAGCCAUGCCCUAGAAUUUUAAAAGCAAGCUCUUGCCUUCUCCUACCUUUAUCUUAUUGUUAGCCAACUCGUACAUAUAAUAGUGACUUUAGAAAAUACAAUAUUAGUGAAAAAUCGAUCGAAAUUUACGAAACUACCUAAUUUUAAUGAUAUAACUAGGUAGCUUUAGAGAAAUUGCGAGAAACUGUAUUACGCAACGUUUUCUUACGUAAUAUUUUAAAAUUUUGUAAUAUCUGCCUCGAUGUAAAACGACCCAGCAAAUGACUGCGAGUGCUGGGAUCUUGCUACAAAUUUCUGCGAGGGAUUAACUUUUAUCUGGCGCAGUAUUAUAAAAGUUAAAAAUAAUUUUUGACUGUUUUAAAAAUUCAUGACUAGGUCAAAGCCUGCAUUUAAGUCUGCAGCGUUGGCUCGAUUUUAUGUUUAAAUUUAGCCUAAACCUAAGCCUAUGCAAAAAUUUAAACCUAAGCUUAAGGAUAAGACUAGGUCUAUUAACCUUAAGCCUACUAAGCUUAAGCUUGCUAAGUCUAAGCCUGCUAAGCCUAAGCUUGCUAAGCCUAAGCUUACUAAGCCUAAGCCGACGAAGCCUAAGCCUACUAGGCCUAAGCCUACUAAGCCUAAACCUCCUAAGCCUACUAAGCCUGAUCCUACUAAACCUAAGCGUAUUAAGCUUAAUCUAACUAAGCCUAAGCCUACUAAGCUUGAGCCUACUAACUGUUAGUGUACUAAAAAUAAGCCUACUAAGGUUACUUUUUAUCAGCCUAAGCCUUUUAAGCCUACUCUCUAAUGAAUGGUCCACUCGCAUUCAUUCCUCUCUCCCUCUGACAAAGCCCUUAUCUUUGGUAGUUAAUCCCUUCUCCUACAUCAUAUCCUUAACAUCCUUCCUCACCCGUUGCACCCCUUAACCCUUCCCAAUAUCAUACCCUUAACAUCCUUCCUCCCACCAUAUCAUAUCCUCAAACUUUGGACCGCAGACAUUGGCGGCCAAAACGCAAAAAUUUGGUGUCAAAACAGAUUUUGGACACAGAAUCCUCUUCUUCGUGAUGUCGCAUCAGAAGGCCGGACAUUUGUCUACCCGCGCGCCCCCCCCCAAACCGCGUUUAAAGACAAGAAACCAGAGUCUUUUUUUGAUGACAUCCCCCUAACUAAAGCUCAGCCCGACUUCCCGAUUCCUUGAUUUGGUGGGAUUUCUGGGCCACUUUUCCGAGAAAAAAAAACUUUUUCUCCAGAAUUUGUUGCAUUCUCCUCGUGAUGACAACUGUGACAGACCGGCUUGCAUGGAAUUAGGGUGGGAGUGUUACUAUUCUUUUAGAGUUGGGGUUGAUUUUUUUGGGUAAGGCUAGAGAGUUUAGCUGGUCAAGUUCGAGAGGGGGAUGGGGGUAGAAGGCGAAUUCUUAGCUUUAGAUGUAGGAGGCAGGGGAAUUGAUUUUUAGAGUAGGGGUGAAAUUUGUUAGCUGAAUAAGGUGGGAGGGUGUUACUUAGGAUAGGAGGAGGUUGAUUAGCUAGAGCUGUCGGGGAGGGGUGGCAGGGUGAGUUUUAGGGUCAAAAAGUAUUAAAAAAAUUUUUUUUAAGGGCAUGGCAAAUUUUUUUUAUUUUGUGGUGUUUUUUAUAGUUAAGACAAGGAAGAAGAGUAAAAAUUAAGGGUAGUGGGCUUUCUUUAAUUUAGAGUAUAUAGAAAAAAAAAUUUUUAGGCGAGGUAAAUUUUUUUUUUAUUUUCAGGGGUGGAUUUUAUUGUUUGGGAGGAAGAUAAAGCUAAAAAGUUAGGGUAGGGAAAAUCUUUAAAUUUAAGAAACUUAGAAAAGCAAAUUGUUUUGGGCGGGGUAAAUUUUAAUUUUUUAUUUUAAGGGUGGAUUUUAUAGCUGGGACGGAAUAAAGAGGUAAAAAUUAAGAGUUGGGAAGUUUUUUAAAUUUUAAAAUUUUUCCGUGGGCGGUUUAAAUUUUGUUUUUUUUUAUUUUGGGGGUGGUUUCGUUUUUUUUUGAAUAAUAUAGAUUUUGAGUCAAAAAAAUUUCAGAGUGUCCCCAACUCAAGACAAUCCAGCUUCAACACAGUCGACAAGUCACUGCAGAGAGUUCGGGAAGUCGAAAACAGUUCGAGGAACAGCUACCAAUCGACCAGUUCGGACGAUCAGUUGGUAUGUUUGAUCAUUCUUAAUCUUGUUUCCUCGGGAAUCUAAUAUUUUUUUUAAUUUUUGGUUUUGGUUUGGGUCAUAAUAUCUAAAAUUAUAUCUUUUUUGGGAGGGCGGGGUAAUUUCUGUAUUUAAUAAUUUUUGGGGGGGGGGGGUUGUUUUUUUACCUUUUUUUAUUUUUAAUAUUUUUUACGAUAAAUGGCAAAAACUUUCUCUACAAAGCAUAAAAUGGCAAGAACUUUCUUUAAAUUCCAUUUUCAAAAAGCCUUAAAAUGGCUUAAAACCACGUUUUUGACACUUUUUAGAUAUGGAAGUUUAGUGGAAGAUUUUUAAUGUAUUUUGCACUGAAAAUCUUCCACUCCACUUUAACUUUUUUUAAUUUUUGAAAAAGGCUAUUUUUGCUUAAAAAAAUUAAAAACCAAUUCAAAAUUAAAGUUUUUUUCGAAAUUUAAUAAUUUCCAACCCUUCCAGGAGCCAUCGGACAUCGUGGAGCCGGUGCGAGCGUGGGUGAACUCUGGCGGGAAGCACUAUGCCCAGGGUUCGCUUAAAGAUUUGACCGAAACUUUGGGUAGAGACGAAGAGAUUGAAGAACAUCAUCAUGAGAAUGUCGAGGAAACUAAUAUGACGUUGACAUCGUUUGGCAAUAUGAAUGAUUUGAGGAGGAAUCCGGACGAAUUGGCUGGGUUUUUGAAUUAUUCCAUUCAUCAGGGGGAUCCUUCAAGCACGGUAGGUUUAUAGGCUUUAUUUUUACACUUAAUUAGUCUUAAACUUAGGUUUGAGCUCAGGCUUAUGCUUGGGCUUAGGCUUUAGCUUUGACUUAGGCUUAGGCGUAAACUGAGGCUUAGUCUAAGGUCUAAGCCCAAGUCCAGUUUUAAGAUCAGACGUAACCGUAGACUUAUGCUUAGGCUUAACCUCUGACUUAUUCUUGGACAUAAGCUUACCCUAGAAUUAUGUUUAGACUUUUGCUUAUGAUUGAGAUUGGACUUAGUCUUAAGCUUAGGCUUAGUUAUGGGCAUAUGUUUUUGCAUUGUAUUAAGCAUGAUUUAGGCUAAGAUUAGACGAUAUAGGUCUUAUUUUACUCGCUUUUGAGAUUAAACUUGUUUUUAGAGCAGUAGGCUGCUUUCUUAUAAAUUCAGAAAAAAAUCUAGCUCAUGACCCAACCACAUAACUCAUCUCCUCCCAGCUCAUUCCUCCAUUAAAACCAUUAAUCUUGGGAUUGUUUCAGCUCUUCUACCUCAUUACGGCCGCCUUCCAAAGCUGCACGGCUCCAUUAAAAGAAUUACGUCGAUUUGCCUACGAGAUUUUCUCCACUUUCCUCAUUCCGGGUGCACCACUGAUUGUACCGGGCAUAACACAAGUGCAAAUUCAGUCGAUCGACCGGAUUUUGGGCUCCUUCAACAGUCAGCACAAUACAGAUGGAGAGCAGUUGAAGAAGGUGUUCAUAUCAUGUCGAAGCAAGAGCUUGAGCUCCAUGGAGGACAACUUUGGAGAGUAUAAGAGGUCAUUGAGUAAGUUGGUUAGCUGUUUUUUGGCUUAGAAUGAGUUGUUUGGCCUAAAAAUUUAAUUUUUUAAUUUUUUUUUCUUGAGUUGUUUAGCAUAAAAAUGAAGUUUUUUAAUGAUUUUAGUUUAAAAAAAGCGUAUGAAACGGAAUGCCAAAAAACCCGCGAAAAUAAAUUUUUUCACCAAAAUUUAAAAACAAACGGUUAUAUUACUUAUAUAGUACUUAUUUUUUUGUAAAAUACGAAGAUCUUAACUAACACGGCGCAUUUAUAGCCUAGUAACAGAAUGCCAAAAAACCCGCAAAAAUAAAAAUUCAAAAAAUUUUAAAAAUUAUAAUAAAAACUGAAUUUAAAUCAUAAAUUGUCAUGGUUUUUAGUAAAAUACGAUGUUCAUAUGUUCCAGUGCAUUAGUUAUACUAUCGCAACAGAAUGCCAAAAAAUCCCGCCAAAAUGAAAAUUCAAAAAUUUUUGUAGAAAAUGAAAUAAGAUUAUGGAUUAAGGUAGGGUAGGUUAAAGUAGGGUAGGAUAACUUUUGUAAAAUACGUCAAAGUUAAUCUUUGAGUGAUCAGUCGUGACAUUUCCAAUUUUAGUGUUCACCCGUUCCCGUUCCGAAACCCGAAGCGGAGGUCGUCCAAAGUUCGCGGAACAAGUGCUGAUGACAAUAUUGGAAGAGCUGUUCCAACUUUGCAACAACGAUAUAGAAAAAGCCGAUGCUCGUGGACUAGCCCUAAUCAUAUCGUUGGCUAGUGUAAUCAAGGUGGUACUCAACAUAAAGCCGAGUCAAGUUCAGUGGGAGAAGUUGUUGGAGAAGUGCCCCACUUUUGUCACUUCUACCGCCAAAAGUGGUGUGUUUCGAAUGAAACCUAUGAUUCCGAAGCGGACCGUGCAGAUUAUGGAUCAUCAGUUCAAUCUACAGUCGGUCUAUUUGACUGUACAUUGCUAUCAAUGCAGAGAUGCGGUGUGGGGAGUCAAUCCGCAGGCUUAUUUUUGUCAGAGUAAGUGAAUGUUUAAGGUUUAUUUUUGUAAGAGUAAGUGAGGACUUUAGGCGUAAUAUUGUUAGAGUAAGUGAACGUUUUGGGCUUGCUUUUGGGCUUAGUUCUUUAAAUUUAUCUGAGUAUCAGAUAAGACAUCAAUAGUAUGUUGAAGGAUAAGACAUAGUAGAGUAGAAGCAGUUAUGAAAAGUUUGAUAAUUUUUCGCAAGCACAGACAAGGCUACUGUAGGAUAGUAGGUCAUAGAAGUCAUUGAGUUACCGUACGGUAGGUUGCGGUUCUUCACUUUUGUUUAGGCUACGAUACUGUAGGUUAGGGUAGGAUACGAUAGCACAAGGUAAAGGAAGACAAGGCACGAUAGGGCAGGAUACGGUAGAGUAAGUUAGGGUAAGUAAGGGUAGGGUAAGGUAGGGUAGGGUUAGAUAUGACGAACUGGCCGGGCCGGGCCUAAUUUUCCGGUCCAACCCGAUCAAAAUUUGGAUCAAGGCCGGUCUGGACGAAUGGUAAGCCCGGCUCGUUUCUCAUGUCUAGGUAGAGUAGGGUAGGGUAGGGUAGGGUAGGGUAGGGUAGGGUAGGGUAGGGUAGGGUAGGGUAGGGUAGGGUAGGGUAGGGUAGGGUAGGGUAGUGUAGGGUAGUGUAGGGUAGGGUAGGGUAGUGUAGGGUAGGGCAUGGUAAUUAUAAAGCCGUAAUCAAACCUUUUGGCUUCUUUGAAGCUUAAAAAUUAAAAUUUUCAAAUCCGUCAAAACAUUGGGAAUCGCGUCGAAAAACGUAGCGCACCCCCGGGGAUUCGAAAAAACGCUCCGCCUCGGCAAAAAACCCAUCAAGUACAAGUCGUCCAUCACACGAACCGCAGGCAUGGGACUCUUCCUUCCUUUGCUGUGUUGGUUCGGGACGGGGGUGGGGUGGUCGGGGUUGAGGGCUGCUUUUUGGGGUAGGAGUGGUAGUUUGGGUUUAAGAGGGAUUUUUUAGAAGUAGGGGUGGUUGUUAGGGUUUUUAGGGGGGGGGGUUUUAGGAGUAGGGGUGGUAGUUUGGGUUUAAGGGGGGUUUUUAGGGGUAGGGGUGGUAGUUUGGGUUAGGGUUGAUUUUUAGGGAUGGGUUGAGGGCUGUUUUUGGAGUAGGGGUGAGAUUUCGGGUUUAGGGUUGUUUUCUAGAGCUAGGGGUGGUAGUUUCAUACUAGAAUGGAGUUUUAUAAGAUGGGGGUGGUAACUAGGUUCGAGGGGCGUUUUUUUAUAGUUAGGGGUGGUAAAUACGACUGAGGGUAGAUUUUUUGAAAACAGCGUGGUAAUUACAUUUGGAGAAUGGUUUUUAGUACAGGGUGUGGUAAAUUGUUUUGAGGGGUGUUUUUUAUAGUAGGGUUGGUAGAUAAGACUGAAAGUUGUUUCUGUCGACGGGGGUAUUAUUUCAUAUUGGAGUGAUUUUUUUCAAACGGGGGUGGAUUUUUUUUUGAAAUUUUGAUACUUUUUGCUAGGGCGGGAUAAUUUUAAGAAUAGUAAUUUCUUGGGUCAGAAGUGGAUUUUUUUGUAGUUAACAGUGUUUUUUAAGGUCAAGGGGUGUUUUUAAAUUUUUUUUUAUUUUUCUUUAUAGGCAGGGUAGUGUUUUUUCAAUUUUUCAACCCAAACUCCAUUUCCAAUCCGCCAGACACGCAAAACUUUAGUGUAAAAACCAAAACGAUGUCUCUAUGUCAUCGGUACGAGACGUGGUAUGGCCGCAAAUCCCCGAGGGCAUAUAGCGUCGAUUCGCGUGAUCCCCACCAAGCCCUUCAUCGCAUGCAGAAAAAUGGGUCGGAUUUCCGGCUAGCGGUUUGGGGAACGGUUUCCCAGGGCUGCAGCGGAUCCGACCAGUCGGUUUUGGCUAGUUUUGAACGGAUUUUGAUGUCAAAACAAUGUCAAAUGACUUGGUUUUGUAAAGUGGCCAACUGAUUUCGAAUUCUGAACAAAAAACUUCUGGGGGGGGGGGAUGGUUGGGCAUGUGAUUUUGUUUUUUGAAGGUCAACAAUGGGCUGUCGGGCUGUGGAGAGCAGAACUAGGGGGGGGCCAAGACAAAGCUAAAUUUCAAAAAAAUUCCAGACUGUGACGUAAUAGUGCACAAACAGUGCACCAACUCGCUAGCCGACCGCUGUUAUCCAGUCCAAAAAUCCAAAUCCCACACCUCAGGCCAAGCCCAAAAACAAGGAGUCGCCUCAACGGCCCGAAGCCGCACCACCUCCACUAUCAACCUCAGCAGUACGACGUCAGCACUAAGUCAGCUAGCACAACAAGCACCCGUGCAUCAGAAUCGGCACGUCCUGGACACCCGGUCUAUGGGUCAUGACCCCACCGCGCACGUCACACCCUUCUACGCUCAAAUGGAGUCCGCGCUAGAGCCGCCACCCCACCCGCCACCUGACAUACCCGUCCAGGCCCGGGCGGUCAGUCAUGUCGUGGAGAACGCUGCCAAAUCGACCUCGUCGGAUUCUGGGAUCGGAGCUGAUGUUGACAAUAAGCCGGUUUCGAGGUCGCAGAGUAUCAAGGUGAGUUCAGAAAAAGUCAGAGUUUUAGUACUAAACCGGUUUUUAAACACGCACUAUAUAGCACCAGCUUCCUCUUCUAGCUAUUAGUAUGUCUUCAGCAUCAUAAAAAUCAUAUUCCUUUUCAUAGAAUCGCCAUAAUCACCUAAUACUUAAUUUCUAGACCCGCGAACGUAUCCGCUCCCAACUAGAAGACGUCAAUGAACAACCAGGUAUGGAGUACGAAGAAGCCGCCACGGUCAGUACGAGAGGACUGGACGUAAAAUCAGUCACUGGCAGUAGCUCCGCAAUCUCGGUAAACCCAGAAGGAAUGCUGGACAUUGCUGAAAAUGAUUCAGACCUCGAAAUGGAAGUCGAACUUCCACCAUUGGAUCAGAUUAUCAGUUGGCAAAUUUUGAAGAGAAUUGAUCCAAAACUAAGGAAAUUGCAAGAAAGCAUAAACGGUAAGGAAGAGGAGUGUUUUGUGGAGUUAAUGAGAGGUAAAGUUCCUUGUUGUGACGUUUAAGUCUCCCAAAAAUUAGCUUAUAUUAUAAUUGACUUGUAAUCUGAUGUCAUGGUUAAUAUUGGGUCAAAAGAAGGCCUCUUUUCAUCGCAUAUCACAGCUUUUUGCAUGUCAAAGUUGCGUAUUACUAUGUUUAAUAUUUUAAAAAUAAAAAAAUUGCUUUUCUGCCCCAAACAGCGAAUUCUUUCACCUAUAUUAUCCAUGAGAUCGAUAUUGGAAACAAUGGAUAAUAUUGGAUCAAUCUGAGUAUUUUGGACAUUUCAAAGGUUCUACUUACUUCUAAGACCUUGAACACUUUAAAAUGCAACUUUUAAAACCAAAUAGAUAUGCUUAGUGGUAAAAAGAACCUUAUUUUUGACCCGAUAUUAUCCAUAACAUCAGAUUUUCAAGCCACUCAUAAUAUAAUCCGUCGUUUAUCUUUAUAACACCUAAAAAUGCAACAAAACUAAUAUUAAAAGACUUACGUUACAUUGUUUGAUCCAUUUCAAUUAGCCAAUCAGCUGUUUUUAUCAAAAAAUUAUCUAAAAUCUUCACCAUCAAUGAAAAAAAUGAAAAAUAUUGAAGAAACUUUAAAAAUUUGAAAAAAUUGGGCAAAGCAGGUUGAAAAACAAAAAGAAUGGUUUAGAUUUAGCAAAUAUAAGUUAUUAAAUUAGCUAUAAACACUUUAUAAACGGAAAAUAUUAUCCAUGAACGGCAAAAAAUAUUUUUUUUUCUGAAAAAUAGGAGGAUUCCACAGCGAAAUUCAGGUUUUUCGUGUUCUUGACUAUGUUUUACAAGGAAUUUCAUUGAAUUUUGAUAAAUAAAGCUUUGAAAAAUUUUUUAAAUUUUAAAAAAUGAUGUUUAGUACAAUAUGAUCUAAAACAACAUGAUCAAAAUGCUUAAAUUAACGUAAUUUCUUAAAGCAAGUUAAUUCAAAGCUUAAAAAUUCGGAUUUCAGAGUUCUACCACACGGAACGAAGCCAUGUCCGUAACCUCAAAGUCCUCUACCGCGUCUUUCAUCGGCCGAUUCUCGAGCAAAAACUGGCCCGCAAAGACUUUGUUUCCAUGGUCUUUUCCAAUCUGGACGAGUUGAUUGAAAUUCACGCUGGAAUGUUUCAAAAAAUGCGUGUUGUGGUAGAGCAAUGGAAGAAGGACCCACAGUAUGAUGGAUUAUAUGCGAAAUUGGGUGCCACCGUAGCCAGCUUCUUUGUCGACGAUGAUGGGGAGAGGUUCAAGAAGGCGGCUUCGGUGUUUUGCCAGAAUCAGCAGUAUGGGCUGAAGUUGUUGGGGGAGAGGUGAGUUUUUUGAGUAAUUGGGAGGGGUAAUUUUUGGCCGGGGAGGGGUAGGGAUAGAGGUAGAUUAAGAUUGGUUAGGGCAGGGCAAGAUAGAGUAAUUAAGAGGGGGGGGGAGGGUAGAUUUCAAAAAAAAAAUUUUUUUUCUAGUGAAGCCAAUUAACCCCACCCAAUCAUUUCAGACGCCAAAAAGACGAGAACCUAUCAGCCUUCCUGUCUAAAGCCGAAAGCAACCCAUUAUGCCGCAAGUUCCAGCUGAAAGACCUUUUACCGGUCGAAAUGCAACGUCUAGUCAAAUACCCACUCCUCUUGGAUACGAUACUCAGGUACACUUCCGAGUCGUCGGAAGAAUUCCAGCAAUAUACAGAAGCGUGCGCCGGCGCGAAGAAGCUGUUGUCGGCGGUGAAUACGGCGAAGAGAGACGCAGAGAAUAAGAGACAUUUGGAAGAGAUUCAUCGGAAGAUCGAGAUGCCUACUUCGAAUCGGCCUUAUGAUGAUGUUAUUCGGAAGUUUGAUAUCAUGCAGUAGGUUUUUUGGGUUUUUUCUUGCUUACCUUAUCCUAUUCUACCCUACCCUACCCUACCCUACCCUACCCUACCCUACCCUACCCUACCCUACCCUACCCUAUCCUACCCUACCCUACUCUACUCUAUCUAAUAUUACUCUACUUUGCCGUAUCUUAUCCUAUUAUACUUUGGCCUAACCCUACUGUAGCCCAUCUUUACCAUAGCCCUAUACUACCACACCAUGAUCUUAUAUUGUCGUAGUCUUACCCUAAAAUAGACCAACCUUAUCUAGCCAUACCAUAAAUUCAUUUUGUCAUUGCCCUGCCGUAGCCCGAGGUUAGGAUAGACAUAGCCUUCCAUGGCCUUUCCUUCUUAACUUAACCUUACCCUAACUCUACCAUACUAUGGCUCUGCUAUACCAUUUCCGUUACCCUACCAUAUUCUUUCUCUACUAUAACUUCAUUUUGUCAUAGCUUUGCGACAAGGCUUAUUAUGUCCUAGCCCUACCAUCUAAAAUACAGUAUCCCACUAUACCCCACUUUCAAAAAAAUAUUUUUAACUUUCACUUUUCUAAAUUCUAGAUACCGCUACGUAUACAACGGUGAUGUGACAUGGCGUCAUUCUCGAGGCAAAACCGAUAUGCACCUAGUCCUACUCGACUAUCUUCUCCUAAUCCUCACCAAAGGCAAUGACAACAAGUACUAUAUGCGAACAUCCGAAUUCAAUGCCGUACCUUUACUUUGGCUACCAUCAGUUACUGUCGAAGAGAAGACUGGUGACAAAAGAGCGUUUGUCAUCUUUUAUGAACGUGACCUUCGAACCUACGAACUUCAAGCUCAGUCCGUCACUGAGAAGAAGACCUGGGAGCAGUUGCUUCGAUCCCAAAUCUCGGCUGCCAAGUCUGAUCUGCCACAAAACUUCGAGACCGACUUCAUGAACGUGAUGCCAAAGAUCAAGUCGGGCCAGCUGUCGGCCGAUGACAACAGCCCCUCUGGCAAUAAUGAGGUCGCGGAAGAGGUUCAGGUCACAAUGCAUGCUGGCUUGGUGAAGGCUAGCGAGAUUGUGAUUCAGAAGCCUCAGGUACUAGUCAUGGAACAAGCUCAAGCAGCCAAGGUUGCGGCUCAGCCACCGAAGCCGCCGGUCCUGAAUCCGAUCGAACGGAUCCGAAGAAGUGAUCAACAAAUCACUCAAGCUCUGGUUGACAAGCAUACUGUACUGGCGAAUGAUUUGAUGCAGGACAACAAGUUGACCAAAGAAGAUAUGGAGCUGAUCGCUGAGACGUUGACUGGAAUGUCAACCAUCAACUUGAAGAAUCGAAAGCCAAAUGAACUGGCUUUGUCGGCUAUUGUCCAUGGGAAUCGGUUGAUCGAUUGCAUUAAUACUAGUAGGUUUAGAAGUGAAAAAAAAAUUUAGUUUUUAAAAACAUAGACGAAGGAGAAUAGGGUAGGGCAGAAUUGACAAAGGUUUAAAUUUUAAAUUUUAUAUACAAAUAAAAUUAAAAAUUUUUUCAAAAAUUUUAAAAUAAAAAAAAUUUAAAGUUUUUGGUACUGUAAAGAAAAUUAUUGCCAUUUUCUGAUUCGUAAAGAAAGUUAUUGCCGUUUUUGGCUUUGUAAAUAAAGUUCUUGUCAUUUUUUGUUCUACAAAGAAAAUUAUUGCCAUUUUUUGAUUUGUAAAGAAAGUUCUUGCCAUUUUAAGUUUUGUAAAGAAAAUUCUUGCCAUUUUUUGCUUUGUAAAGAAAGUUCUUGUUAUCUUAAGCUUCGUAAAGAAAGUUCUUGCCAAUUUUUUGUCUGUAAAGAAAGUUCUUGCAAUUCUACGUUUUGUAAAGAAAGUUCUUACCAUUUUUAGAACCCACUUACUUAAUUUUAAAUUCACUUUUUCACGUUUUGUUCUAGUCAGCCCUAUAUUAUUCUGCUCUGCCCUACUUUAACUUAUCCGUCUAUUUUGGCCUGUCCUAUCUUACACCCAACCCUAUCAUACCCAAUCCCACCUUAUCAUUACAAAAAAUUAAAAGUUACGCUUAAAACCAAUAAUCCCCUAUUUUUAGGAAUGAGUAACCGUCGCCAGGACUCAGACAAGAUCAGUGAAGAUGCUGAAAGGAACUUGCCUUUCGUACCUUGUUAUAAGUUAACUGCCGUUGCUGCGCCACUAAUGAACCAUCUGACAGCCCUAUCACAAGUCAUCAAAGAACAGCGAGAACAGAUCGAGGAGCUCAAACGUGAAUUGAAUAAGGUUGGUUUUGGGCGUGGGAAGUGGGUCAAAACGAUUUUUUGGAGUUUAAAAUUUUUGAAAAAAUUGAAAUUUUCUAAUUUUGAAAAUUUAAAAAUUUUUAUGAAACAAUAACUGUUUUACGCUUAUGUUUAAAUGAAUUAUAGGCUUAAAAUGCAAUUUUGCAAAAAAUUUUAAAUUUUAAAAAUUUUUAUAUUUAAAAAAAAAAAUUUUUUUUUGAGUUUCAAAAAGCAAAAACUUUCUUUACAAAACAAGAAAUGGAAAAAAUUUUCUUUACAAAGUAAAAAAAUGGCAAGAACUUUCUUUACAAAACAAGAAAUUGCAAGAACUUUCUUUACAAAGUAAAAAAUGGCAAGAACUUUCUUUACAAAACAAGAAAUGGCAAAAAUUUUCUUUACAAAACAAAAAAUGGCAAGAACAUAAAUUUUUUUUUCAAUUUUUAAAAUUUUUAAAAUUUAAAAAUUUCACUUAAAACGCCAUACCCGCUCACUCACUCCCUAUUUCAGAAUCGAAUCGAAGCCGGCGGCACGAAAGACCGGUCGGUGUCGGAAGAGACGCUGGUCGAGCCGGCUGGUAACAUAGUGCUGCGCAGCCCAUCCCGAAUGACCUAA